CAAAAAUGACGUGUUUGGGUGUUUAAUAAAUGAAUUUUUAUUGAAAAUUAAAAUCAGUGCCGUUGUCGAUAUGUCCUGACUGCAUUUAGUUGAAAAUAUUUUGAUUCUUUCCCGUAUUUUGUAUGUUUUGCGUUUGCAAUGGGCCUUUGUAAAUGCUCCAAGAAAAAAGUGACAAAUCAAUUUUGUUUCGAACACCGUGUCAAUGUUUGUGAACAUUGUAUGGUUUCAAACCAUUCCAAAUGUGUUGUACAGUCAUAUCUUCAGUGGUUGCAAGACAGUGACUAUGAUCCUAAUUGCCAUUUAUGUAAAACAGAACUUGCUGAAGGAGACUGUAUCCGACUAACAUGCUAUCAUGUGUUUCACUGGGAAUGUAUAAAUAAGUAUGCUAAUAGCUUACCUUCACAAACACCAUCAUCUGGCUAUGCAUGUCCUAUUUGCAACGUUUGCAUAUUUCCCCAGCCAAAUGCUGUGUCUCCUGUUACAGAUGCUUUGAAAAAUGCUCUUCUUAGAGUUAACUGGGCCAAGAUUGGAUUAGACCAUCCUACUACUGAAAAUAGUGUAGCCAAAGAAAAUCCAUCUUCAAAUAAUGUCCAGCUUACUCCAGUAAGAGCUAAAAGUGCAUUAGAGUUUAAUAGUGAGAAUAAAAACCUUCCUGUCAACAGUACUGCUGUUCCAAGUCGUUCAGAAUUAAAUAGUCCUAGACCAGAACCAUAUGGAGCUUCUUAUCCAAGUUCUUAUACAAGCCCUCGUAAGUUGUAUGAUGCAACAGAACAUGGACAUUUCAGGCCUACAAUGGUUGACCACGAUGAAGAUAAAUAUAAAAGACGUUCUGCCCUUGAAUUAUUAAGCAGAUGGUUCAGAUCCAGAACAUUUCAACCGAAGCAGCAGCACCACAAAAGAGAUGCCUUCAGAGAGAAAAGAGUCAUGUUUAAAAAGAUGACAAUUAUUUUAGGUUUGUUCCUAAUUGGUCUGAUUACAUUGUGCAUUUUUCUUCUAAAGUAUGGACGGGCCAGUGCUGAUUCUGAUCCGCUUCUUGAUCCUCGUUUCAAUCCAAACAUUCGGGUAGAAGAUGUUGAAGAAAUUCACUCCGUUGGAAAUCUUGAACCAAAACUAAUCGAUAAAAGCAGCUUAAAUGGAAAAGUGAAUGACUUAUUACCUGCUUAGUAAUAAGCAGCUAUAGAUCUAGAACUAAAUGUAUAUUUGCUUGAACUGUGUUGUACAUUCUUGCACUUUUUAUUGAAAACUAAUUUUUGUGAAA